AAAAUUUAUUCUAGUAUCUCUAAUUUUUGUUUUUCUGUCUGUCAGCCUAAAAAGGGCCAGAACCAGUGUGACCUACAAAAGAAAGCAUCUUCUAAAGCUUUAUCUUCAGUUUCCCAAACACAUCAAUUUGGUCUCAGAGGAGACCAAAUGAAAGAGCUCUGAAAUUACUAUAAUUGUGAAAGUAUAUAAUUUUAUAGCCUUAAACACCUGCAUACAUUUUAUUUUGAUACAGACAUAGCAAAUCUGGACUGAGUAGACGACUUACUCUGCUACUCAGGGACCCCAACUUAGUAUUUAUACCAUCUGUUUUUCCCUCACUAAUUUCAAGAACCACCCUAAGACAGCUCUCCUGGUUUCAUUGAUUUUUCUCCCCUAAUUAAUGUAAUUAGUCAAUGCCUUUCCUGUAUCUUUAUUGGAGAAACUUGGUGACUGAUUUGUAUUCAACUUUCCUUUCUCACAGAAGGCAAUUAUUUUUAACCUGAAUGUGAAAAAAAGUGGGUUUUAAAAGCAUUCUAAAUUUCCAUAAUACUUUAUAAUCAAUGUAGCUCUGGUAGCUAAACACAUGUUGAUCCCUUCUCAUUAUGACUAUUUCAGCAGGUGUGCCUAUUACUACUUCUGCAGAAUCAACAUUUCUGAAGCCCCUUGCAGUCAAGCCUCCUUCAGCAUUUAGUAUGAGAACCUACGUUUGUCAUAUUUGUAAUAUCACCUUUACAUCAUUAGAAAUGUUCCAGUUCCAUGUGCAAGGAAAUGAACAUCAAAUUAAUGAAUCCAUUAUUAUUAAUCUAGUGAAUAAUUCAAAGAAGACACAAGACUCUUACCAAGUUGAAACUGCAGAUUACAUCAAAGCGCAGAAAGUUAGAGAACCAGAGCCCAAGAUUUGUUUCAGAAAGAUGGAAGAUAAUUAUUUGGAAACCCAUGGAUACAGAAAAGUGGUUGAUUCCCAGUCAAGACAUAGAGUAUAUGAACGAAGACACCCAUGUGAGACUUUCCAGACAUACCCAGAAUCAUACAAAAUUUCGCAAACAGUGGAAAACCACUUACCUCAUUACUUACCAGCUUAUUCAAAGAAGACAUAUGACUCUUUCCAAGAUGAACUGGAAUAUUACAUCAAAGUGCAAAAAGCCAGAGGAUUACACCCAAAGACUUGUUUCAGAAAGAUAAGAGGGAAUUCUAUGGAAACCCAUGGGUACAGAGAAGUUGAUUCUGGAUCCAGACAAAGAAUCAACGAGCAAAGAUUUUCAGUUCAGACUUCCCAUACCUUCCAACGACCAUACAAUAUUUCACCAGUGGAAAGCCAGUUACAUCAUUGGUUACCACCAGCUUAUUUAAAGAGGACAUACGAUUCUUUCCAAAAUGAACUUGAAGAUUACAUGGAAGUACAGAAAGCCAGACGACUACAUCCGAAGACUUGUUUCAGAAAGAUAAGUGAUAGCUCUACAGAAACCAAUGAGUACAGAGAAAUGUUUGAUUCCAGAUCCAGACAUAGAAUGUCUGAGCCAAGACUCCCAUUUGAGACUUUCCAGACCUACCCAGAAUCAUACAAUAUUUCACAAGUAGUGAAAAAUCUCUUACCUCAUUGCUUACCAGCUCAUGACAACAAACAUAAACUAGACUCUCUGACCUAUUGUCAGCCCACCAGAGACUAUUUCCCAGAAAAAACAGUACCCCUAAGCCUUAGUCAGCAAGAAAAUAACUCUGGCUUGUACAGUGUAGAAUCUGAAUUUUACAAGCACCUCUCCUUAGAAAACAGCACCAGUGACCCUCAAGCAGGUCAUAAACGAAGACAUCAGAAGAGAAGGCAUUUGGACGAAGGUGAAGAAAAGCUAGACAAAGAGCACUCCAAGCAUAAAAAGAAGAAGAGUGAUGGGGAUAUGGGUAUAAAUAUGGACAAGAGCAUCCGACAAAAGAAAAGAGAGGGAGAUAAAGUUAGUGUCAGUUCAGGCAAGCUUAAACACCGAAAAAAGAAGAGAAGUAAUGGUACACGCUCUAUAAAAGAAGGACGUAAGCACAGGAAAGAGAAAAAGAAAUCUGUUGAAGAAAAGACAGAAGAGGAAAUGCUUUGGGAUGAGUCUAUUCUUGGAUUUUGAACUUUUAGGUUGAUUUACCCAAAGUUGCAUUGAAGAAAUCUUCUAAGAAUAUGGAUUUAGGCAAAGAAACAUUCAGUGAAUAAAAAGAGAGGUGGAUACCUUCAGCGUAGUUCAGUAAAGCUUUUUGUGUGUGUAAAAAUUGAAAUUGAAUUUAAAGAAGAAACAAACAACCCUAAACAAAGCCUUUGAGAAAAAACAUAAGAACAAAACAAGAACAUAAGACAAAAGUAUACCUGUUGAAGAAAAGACAGAAGACAUUCUUUGGGAUGAGUCUUGGAUUUUGAAUGUUUUAGUUUUAUUUUAAGUUUGAAUUGAAGAAAUAAGUUGAAUUUCAUUUUAUGAGAUACAUGUUAUUUGAAUUUUCCUAAGUGGACAGUGAUUUUAAACUCU